AUGGUGGUGGUGGUCGUGCUGCUGGUGCUGCUACUGGUGAUGAUGCAGCUGCUGCUGGUGAUGAUGCAGCUGCUGCUGGUGCUGGUGAUGAUGCAGCUGCUGCUGGUGAUGAUGCAGCUGCUGCUGGUGAUGAUGCAGCUGCUGCUGGUGGUGGAGGUGUUGAGAUCCUUCGAGGUGGUGGUGGUGUUGAGAUCCUUCGAGGUGGUGGUGGUGUUGAGAUCCUUCGAGGUGGUGGAGGUGUUGAGAUCCUUUGAGGCGGUGGUGGUGUUGAGAUCCUUCGAGGUGGUGGAGGGUUUUUUUGUGGAUGUGGGGGGUGUUUUAAUUGGGUGUUGUUGGUGGUGUUUGUGGGGGGGGGGGGGGGUGGGGGGGUGUUUUUUGGUGAGGGGUUGGGGUGAUUUUUUGGUUGUUGGGGUUUAUUGGGUGGAGGGGUGUGGGGGUUUUUUGGGUUGGUUGGUGUGUGUGGGGUUUUUUUGGUGGUGGGUUUGGGGGGGGGGGGUUUGGUGUUGGUUGUGGUGGGGUGGUUUGGGGGUUUUUGGGUGGGGUGGUUUGUGGGGUGGGUGGUGGGGGGGGGGAGGGGGGUGGGGGGGGUGUGUGUUGGUGGGGGUUUGGGUGUGGGGUGUUUUGGUGUGGGGGGUUGGGUUUUGUUUUUGGGGUGUGGGGGGUUGUGGGGUGGGGGGGGUGGGGGGGGGGUUUGGUGGGGUGUGGGGGGUGUGUGGUGGUGGUUGGGGGUGGGGGGGGUGGGGGUGGUGUGUGUGGUGGGGGGGGGGUGGGUGGGUUGGGGUUGUGGGGGGGGGUGGGUGGGGUGGUUUUUUUGGUGGUUUUUGUUUGGGGGGGGUUGGGGGGUGUGUUGGGUUUUGGGGGGGGUUUGGGGGGGUGGGUGUUUUUGUGGUUGGUUGGUGUAUGGGUGUGUGUUUGGGGGGGUUGUUUUUUGAUUUGGGUUGGGUGUUUGUGUUGGUGUUGGUUGUGUUGUUUGUGGGAAGGGUUUGUUGGGGUUUGUUGAUUGUGUUGGUGGUGUGGUGUGGUUGUGUAUUUGUUUUGGGGGGGGGGGGUUUGGGUGUUUUGGUGUUUGAUUUUGGUGUUUGUUGUGGUGUUUUUGGGUUUUUUUGUGGGUGGGUUGGGAUGGGUGUGGAGGGGGUAUGUGGUGGGGGGGGGGUGUUUGUUGGGGGUUGGGGGGUGGGUGGUAGGGGUGUUGGGAUUGAUGUGGGUAUGGGGGGGGGGGGGGGGGGGGGGGGGGGGGGGGGGGGGGGGGGGGGGGGAUGGUGGUGGUGGAGUUAUUGGGGGGGGGGGUUGGAGUUGAGGGGAGGGGGGGUUUAUGGUGGUGUGGUGGGGGGUUGGGGGGGGUGGGUGUGUGUGUUUUUGUUAUGGUUGGGGGGUUUUUUUGUUUGUUAUGUUUGUUUGUAUUUUGUUUUGGGGUGUUUUGUUUUGUGGGGGUUUGUUGUUGUGGGGUGUGGUGGUUGUUGUGGGUGUGUUUUGGUUUGUGGUGUGUUUGUGGUGUUUGUGGUUGGUUUUUGGUUGGUGGGGGGGGGGUGUUGGUUUGGUGUUGUUGGGGUAUUUUUGGAGUGUGGUUGGGGUUAUUGUAGUAUUGUGGUUGUUUGGGGUUUUGGUGUUGGGUUUGGGGUUGUUUUGGAGGGGGGGUGUGGUUGUUUUGUGGGGGUGGGGUGUUUGGUUGUGGGUGGUGUGGGGUUAGGUGGGGUUGUGUUGUUUGGGGGUGUUGGGUGGGGGUUGUUGUGUGGGGGUGUGGUGUGGGGGGGUGUGUUGGUUGGGUUUUUGGUGGGGUUUGUUGGGGGGGGUGGUGUGGGUUUGGGUUUUGUGGGGUGUGUUGGGGGUUGGGGGGUGGUGGGUUGGUGGGUUUUUUGGGUUGUGGGGGGUGGUUGGGUGGUGGGUUUGUUUGUGUUGGGGUUGGGUAUGUUUUUGUUUGUGGGGGGGUUUGUUUGUUUUUUGGUUGGUGGUUUGUUUGGUUUUGGGGGGGUUUUUUGUUUUGGGGGGGGUGGUGUUGGGGUUGAUUUUUGUGUUUGGGUGUUAGGUUUUUGUGGUUUUUGUGGUUUGUGGGUGGGGGUGGUUGGUGUGGGGGGUGGGGUGUUUUUUGUUGGGUUUUGUGGUUUAAAGGAGUGUUGUAGGGUUUUUUUUGUUGGUGUUUGUGGGGGUGUUUUGUUUUUGGUUGGGUUUUUUUUGGGUGUUUGUUGGGUGUUUUGGUUGUUUGGGGUGGGUUUUUUUUGGUGGUUUGUUGUAUUGGGUUGUGGGGGGGGGGUAUUUUUUUUGUUGUUUUUUUGGGUGGUGUUGUGUUUGGGUGUUGUUGGGUUGGUGGUUUUUUGGGGUGUGUUUGUGAUGGGUGUGUUGUUGGUUUGUUUUUGUGAUUUGUGGGUUGUGUUGUGGUGUGGGGUUUGGUUUUUGGGGGUUUGUUGUUUGGUUGUUGUUGGUUGUGUGGUUGGUUGUUGGGGUUUUUGUUUGUUUUUUGUUUUAGUGUUUUUGGUGUUUGGUGUUUUUGGGUUUGUGUUGUUUUUUUGGUUUGUGGGUUGUGUGUUUGAUGGUGUUUUUGGGUGGGGUUGGUUUUUUUGUGUUGAUGUGGGGGGGGUUGUUUUGUGGUUGGGGUGGGUUGGGAUGUGUGUGGUAUUUGGGGGGAUGUGGGGUGGGGUUGUUGUGUAUUGUUUGUUUGUUGUUGGGUGGGGGUUGGGGUUUGGGGUUGUUGUUUGUGGUUGUGGGUGGUGUGGGUGUGUUGGAUUUGUUGUGGUGUGUGGUUGUGUGUGUGGUGGUUUGUGGGGUUUGGUGGGGUUUAGUUGUGUGGGUAUUGUGAUGGGGUUGUUUUUUGGGGGGUUUUUGUAUUGUGUGGUGGUGGGGGGGGGGUGGGUGGUUGAUGGGUGGGGUGGGUUUUUGGGGGUGGGUGGGUUGUGGUGUUGGUGGUUGUGUUUGGUUGGUUGUUUUUGUUGUGUUGGGGGUUGUUGUUUGGAGUUUGGGGGUGGGUGUGUUUUGGGGUUGGGUUGGUGUGUGGUUUGUUUUGGGGUGGUUUGGUUUGUUGUUGGGGUUUUAUUGUGUUGGGGGUUGGUUGGGUGUUGGAUGGGGGUUGGUGGGGGGUGGGGGUGA